AUGGUCCUGCAGCGCUUCAUGACGUCGAUGUUGCUCCAAGUCCGCACGCACCGCUCCAGCAUCUACUCGGCCGACAAGUCGGAGAAAGCGCAGUCGAUCGAGCGCAGUGCGACAGUGCCGCCGCGCACCGUCCUGCUCCGCCUCGUGCUCAACUCGUCCGAGUUUUUGCUUGUCGUGCUCUUUGUCGCGUCGAUCGGGGCUCUCUACUUGACGGGGCUCUGGCAGCGACAGUCGACCACGUCGGUGCCAGCGUUUGCGCGCGACUGGUCGCUUCUCGAAGCCAACUGCGUCCUCACAACAGGCGGCUUUGACGCGGCGACGUGUGCUCAAACACGAGCCAUCGCCGAUGCCAUGCACACCAUUGCGCAGACUCUUGUGCAUCAAUUGCCCUCAACGCCCGUGCACGUCACGACCUGCGUUAUGGGCGCGAACGACGGCUUUGGCGCAAUUCUACUCGUCUUUUCUCCGCUAUGGUCGCAUUCCGUGUCGUGCGUCCCGUCAUCCGUAGCAUCGUCCGUGCUUGGGCUUGCGCUUCUUGAGACAGCGAUGAACAAUUCAUCGCCCGUCUUUCUACUCUCGAGCUACAUUGACGCCACGGACAGCGCCAGCGCAACCCGCGUCGACUCCGUUGAGAUCUCGGUUCUUCAAGGUAUCCUUGUGCCAACCAUUUUGCACUUGGUCAAUGGCGACUUUUUCCUCACGCUGGUUGGCUGGAGCGGCGUGCUGCACCGCCAUCCCGCGCUCACGUUUGACUUUGUAUCGGGCUUGGAGCGCCGCCGCCUCGCGCUGUUUUUCUGCUGCUCGUGCGGCUUCCGGCGCUCGGGUAUGUCGAGUGGUCUUCCCGUCUUUGCCAUCUACUGCGGCAUCCUCGUCCUCCAGCGGCUGCCCGCUCCGCCGUGCUGUCGCGGCCGCGCCAUUCGAAUUUUGUCGCCACUCAUGAUGCUCGGGACGCUCUUCUCGAGCGUCAUAGUUAACUGUGGAUACCAAGACGUAGCAGCGACACUCCAAAACCCGCUGUGGCGCCGCCCGGUCGCAUCGGACGUGGCAGUGUACUUGCCCAACAUCGGCAAUCGAUCCGAGCCUUUUGCUCUCGGUGCGUUUGCCACGUUGGAGGUCCCGGCGGCGGCGUCGCUCUUGCAGUCGACGGUCCUCGCGUGCCUCUUGGGAACACUGGCACUCAGUAUUUUAUUUCCAAUGCUACUCAAGCGCCGUCUUCUUUUGGACAUGCGCUAUUUUGCGAGAAACGAAUUUCUGGCGACCCAGUUCAUGCCAUCGUAUGUGACAGGGCUCGCCUUGUACGAAGACGACUGCAUCAAAUAUGGCGCUAAGCUCUUCGCCAAACCAAGCACGAUUGCGCUCCUCGGGCAUGCGAUGGUCAAGGAAGCACCCGUGACGCACAAGAUUGCUGUUGUUGCCAAGGACACGCCUGGCAGUGCGCGCGGCGACCAAACGCCCAACAGUGUGAUAAGCAUCAUUUCGGUCUACGACCUUGUGCCGUCGCUGCUGCCCCACGCACUCCUCCCGCUGCGCGUCGUGGCGUGGAUCGACAACUACCAAUACAAGCCGGCGCCACCGAAUACGACGCUCAACAAAACGACAUCGUAUCGGCCAACCAAAGGCUCGUGCGUCAGCUGA